AUGUCUCAUCAAUCAGGAAUUACGGCAAAUGAAGCAUUACGAAAAAAGUUUGCUGAAAUGAAAGAUGGACACAUUCGUGUAGUGGUUGUUCUUAUUGAAGACGAAAGUCUGGUAGCGAAGGGAGAACAUCAAGCUGAGCGAACAUUUAAUGAAGAUUUUGAUAAAAUGAUUCCACCAUUGAUUCAAAAACAUCGAUCUGCUUUUUAUUUUGUUCGCCUUGAUACAAUUAGUGAAUUAAGUGGGCAUAAUUGGCUAUUAAUCGUCUAUAUUCCUGACGAUGCUAAAGUUCGUGAACGAAUGUUGUAUGCUUCAACAGUAGCUACACUUAAGCGAGAAUUUGGUCUAACAUAUAUUACGCAAGAAAUUCGAGCAUCAUCCGUGCAUGAAAUGACAAGCAAUUCAUUCCAUCAACAUGUUCGGAGUCAAGCAGCACCGCCACCAAGAACUAUGCGCGAAGAAGAAAUGCUUGAAAUACAACAACGAGAAGUUACAGCUGAUAUUAGUAUUGAUUCUCGGCAUCAAACUUUACAGGGAUUAUCGUUUCCACUCGAUGAAAAUGUUAUCGAAGCUAUACAUUUGUUUAAAAAACAGAAUGUUGAUUAUGUACAAUUGGAAAUUGAUCAUGAACAAGAACGUAUCCUUCUAGCUCAUUCGGAAUCGAUUUCGACUCCUGAACAUAUUCAAAAAUGUUCACCGGACAAUGCAGGACGAUAUCAUCUAUAUAGAUUUAAACAUACUUUUCACGGUGAAACAAUAAGUCCUCUAUUCUUUCUCUAUUCUGUACCUGGUCAUGGCUCAAAAAUAAAACAACGUAUGCUGUAUGCUAGUUGUAAAGAAAAUGUCAUUGAUACGAUUGAAAAAAGAUAUGGCAUUACUUUCGAUCGAAAAUUGGAACUUUGCGAUCUAAGCGAUUUAACACACGAGCAUCUAUUUCAACAACUUCAUCCAGAAGCAGUUGCUAGUACAGGUAAAGCUGCAUUUGCCAAGCCAAAAGCUCCUUCAUCGCGUGGUCCACGUCGUCUAGUCAAACCAAACGAAAAUUCCGAUGAACAAUAA